UCCACAUCCGACCAUUCUUGCAACUCUCAUUCUACCAUGGCCUCUGCUUCAGGUGAGUACAGAAACAUGGUCGCUUUGGCAUCUGACAUCGCUAACUAUGUGCUAGCAACCGGAAAGUUAUCGCGAGAAGAGUUCCGUCGACAAAAGGACCUCGAUGCUGCUCGUAAGGCUGGUACCGCUCCUGCCGCUAUAGAUGCGGAGGGCAAAGCCAUAAAUCCUCACAUUCCUCAGUACAUCGCGCAGGCUCCGUGGUAUCUCGACACAGGCGCACCUUCAUUAAGCCAUCAACGGAUUCCAGAAUAUGACCGUGGUGCUGACAAACUCGACAAUUGGUACGACCGUGGUGCCAAAGCUGGUCCAGCAGCGAAGAAGUAUCGCAAAGGAGCGUGCGAGAACUGCGGCGCCAUAACACACAAACGAGCCGAUUGUUUGGAGCGACCUCGAAAACGAGGUGCAAAGUUCACGAACAAGGACAUUGCGCCGGAUGAAGUGAUCCAAGAGGUCGCAAGUGGAUACGACGCAAAGCGUGAUCGGUGGAAUGGUUAUGAUCCUGCGGAGCAUAAGAGAGUGUACGAGGAGUAUGCUGCUGUGGAGGCUGAGAGACAGAGACAGAGGGAGGAAGAGAUUGAUAAGCAGACGACGACGGACUUAGCUGCUGUGAGGAAAGUGGCGAAAGCUGGUAAGGGCGAAGGAGGCCAGGACGACGACUUCGGGAGCAGUGAAGAUGAAGAUGAGGACACGGACAAGUACGCUGAGGCUGCGGAUGCUGUUGGCCAGAAGUUGGACACCAAAACCCGUAUCACUGUCCGAAACCUGCGUAUUCGAGAGGAUACGGCGAAGUACCUUAUCAACUUGGAUCCCUCCAGUGCUUACUACGAUCCGAAAACACGUUCGAUGCGUGACAAUCCUAUGAAGAACGUAACUCCGGAAGAGGCAGUCUUCGCAGGAGACAACUUCUAUCGGUUUUCAGGUGAAGCUCCUGCAGUUCAGAAACUUCAACUCUUUGCCUGGAAUGCCGCAGCUCGUGGUAAUGAUGUCCACAUGAACGCCAACCCGACACAAGGCCAACUGCUUCACCAUCAGUACCAGAAGAAGAAAGAGGAGCUUAAGGAUACGACGAAAGUCAGUAUCUUGGCCAAGUACGGCGGUGAAGAGUAUCUUCAGAAAGCGCCGAAGGAGCUACUGCAAGGUCAGACGGAGGAGUAUGUCGAAUUCUCAAGAACCGGUCAGGUUAUCAGAGGGAAAGAAAAAGCGAAAGUCCGCUCAAAGUAUCCCGAGGAUGUCUAUAUCAAUAACCAUACUGAGGUAUGGGGUUCAUGGUACGACAUGUCGACUGGCCACUGGGGAUUCGCCUGUUGCCAUUCGUUAACACAUCUCUCCUACUGUACGGGCGAGGCAGGCAUCGAAGCGGCUCAAGCUUCAUCAGCGAAGAACUUGCUGGCCUCAUCUGCCUCCGUACUUGCCGCCGCUCCUAUUCAACCAGAAACUCCUACAUCACCUCCACCACCCGUUCGACGAGAAUCUACAGAUGAUCGGAAAAAGAAAGCUGAAGAACUUUUCUCGAAACGACGGUUGGGUGAAGGUGAACUUAAUCUGGAUGAGUCGAGGUUGGUAGAUGCAAUUAGGGAGGAGAAGGAUAAGAAACGGAAAGGAAGAGCUGAUGAGGAAGAGGAUCCUUGGGCGAAGAAGAAGAAAAAGCAUGCAUCUGAAGUUACUGAGGAGGAGUUAGAGGCAUACCGAAUGAAUCGACGAAUGACGGAGGAUCCUAUGGCGAACUACGUCGAUCCGGACGAUGUGUGAUCCUUGUUUUUCUCACUUUAUAUAUACCAUUUUCAUUGUAUUGUACUCAUCUACUUGUACUACUAUUUCCCUACGAUCGAAGUCAUAACUUUUCAUGGACAAUGAACUGACAAAUGUACC